CUGUGUGCAGUUUGAUCCACGAAAGUUUACCCUCACUGUCUCCGGCCAAACCAGGACCUGCAACCCCACCAUGGCGGAUCAGUACCAGUACAACACCAAUGAAGAGAAGAUUGUGAAGGACAGCCACACCAAGGAGAUCGAUCUCAUUAACAGAGACCCCAAGCAGAUCAAUGAGGACGUGGUGAAGGUGGAGUUUGAAGAUGUCAUUGCAGAGCCAGAUGGUACACACAGCCUGGAUGGGGUGUGGAAGCUCAGCUACACCACCUUCACUGUGUCCAAAUACUGGUGCUACCGCAUCUUAUCUGCUAUCUUCGGGAUCCCUGUGGCUCUGCUCUGGGGCUUCCUGUUCGCCUGCAUCUCAUUCUGCCACAUCUGGGCUGUGGUUCCCUGCAUCAAGAGCUGUCUGAUUGAGUCUCAGUGCAUCAGCCGCAUCUACUCUCUCUGUAUCCAGACCUUCUGUGAUCCCUUCUUCGAAGCCCUGGGCAAGAUCUUCAGCAGCGUGCGUGUGGCAUUGCGCAAAGAAGUCUAAGAACUCAUACAGUAGUGUUUGUAGAAUGAUCGAAUGAAGAAUGGUAUCUUUUUAUACACCACAAGACCAGCCCUUGCAUCUUGCUUACUCCCUGUUACUCCUGGUCUGCCCUUCAUAACAUGCCGCUACCCACUCUCCUAUCCUCAGUCUCUGAGCUAUGAGUCCUGACAUCCCCAGUGUUUCCUUUUGCUACCAGAAGCUCUGUGACAGCUGCAGUAGGCGGCGUGUUUCUCUGACAGCUCUGGCACUCCUGGAGGGCUCAGUGCUCCUCACUGAAAGAGAAGAGGGCUGCCAGCCAUGAGGAAGAUCCGUCUGUCCUCAUUUAUUUGUUUGUAUGACAAAAAGCUCAGACAAUACCUUCUCAUUCACAGCAAAUGAAAUGAACUCCUCAAUACUGGUGCACCUGUGGAUGAUGCUGCUAGUGUGCAUUACAUUUGGUUAUACUCAAAAGUAUACUGAUGCUUUAUGUUGCUUUGUCUGGUAUUGUUUUAUUUCAUAUUGAUUGAAUUGAAUUUGACAGUUCUAUAUAUGUAUACAUCAUCCUAUUAGAAAAGCCCUAACCAAAUGACGUUAUCAUUUUGUCCAAAAAAAAAUUGUGAUGACUCUGAAAUAACUCGGAGUAACUGAUGUAGCUGAGGUAACAGACUUUUUGGAGACGUGCAGAUGUAAGAAAUAUGUUUGGAACCAGCCAUGCAGAUAAUCUACUUCCUUUUAUCAAAUGUAUAUGAGUGGAAUAUUAACUUUUUUGUAUAUUUCAAUCAAUUAUGUGUAAACAAGUAUGGACCUAACUACUAAAUGGUGUAAAGUAAGAAAAAAAAACCUUUAAAUGGUCUGUUGUGUUGUUUUGAUUUGGUAUUGAAGUGUGGAGCGUUUAGCUAAUAUUGUAUAACCGCAGUCAGGAAGGGCACAGUAGAAACAGUUUUAAGUCUGAGACUGUCAACUUUAAUAAGUGUAUUUCACUACAGGAGUGGUGUUUGAUUGAAAAUAUAUUUUGUGUAUUUGUCAUUGUGAGAAGCUUAGGAAAUACAUUUAUUCAAAGUGUGUCUCAGUGAUAUUAUUAGUAACAUCUGAGAACUGUGACCCACUAGAGGUUGCUGUUGUGUCUUUCAAAUGGCCCUCUUUGGUGUCUGGGAUCUAUUACUGAUAAUUUAGUGUUGCCACUCCCCUCUUUGAGAAGCCAUGUGUUUCACUCUGGCUGAUAAAUUAAAGUCAUUUAUGGCACUAAAAGUGCUAGAAAAUGAACCGAGUUUAAGGAGCCAAACAGCACACUGUAUUAAACCAUUAUUCUGAUUAAUGAACUGUAUUAAACUGUGUAAUUACUGUGGCUGAUUUAUUCAUCAGGUUGUGUGGUCAAGUUUAAUUAAAAAAUAACAUUAA